UGGUUUCUUAACGUCGCUCGGCCAGUUGCUACCGUAUGAUCCGCCCGGACUCUCGACAUGGGCACACAAUGGUGGCCCUCCUGAAUAUUUAUAGAUGGCACCGACCCUAGGUUCCUGUUCGCAAAUCCCUAGAUCGACAGGAGCCUUCAUCUCAGCCAGAGUGAUCCGUAAGACGUUGCCUAUUUGCUGUUUGAAGCUUACAAAAUGAGAUACUCUUCCGUCGCAGCCACCCUCGCCGGCGCCAGCUUGGCCAGCGCGCACACGAUUUUUGUUCAGCUAGAGGCAAACGGUGUGACGAACCCGGUAUCUUACGGCAUACGAACACCAUCAUACGACGGACCCAUCAGCGACGUGUCGUCCAACGACGUUGCUUGCAACGGUGGUCCCAACCCUACUACGCCCUCGGACAAGAUUAUCGACGUCAAGGCUGGCUCCACGGUCAAUGCCAUCUGGAGGCACACGCUCACAUCUGGCCCCGACGAUGUGAUGGACGCGAGCCAUCUAGGACCUACGCUUGCCUAUCUCAAGAAGGUCGACGACGCGACGACCGACAAGGGAUACGGAAGUGGCUGGUUCAAGAUUCAGCACGACGGUUACAAUGACGGAGUCUGGGGCACCUCAAAAGUCAUCCAGAACGCGGGCAAGCAGCCCAUCCAGAUUCCAGACUGUCUACCGGAUGGGCAGUACCUCCUCCGCGCCGAAAUGAUUGCACUCCACGGAGCUGGUGCCAGCAAGGGAGCGCAGCUGUAUAUGGAAUGCGCUCAGAUCAAGAUCUCUGGGGGUUCCGCCACCAAGACGCCCGCAACCUACAGCCUCCCCGGCCUCUACAAGCAGGACGACCCGGGCCUGCUCAUCAACAUCUACUCGAUGAGCAAGGACAGCAAAUACAUCAUUCCCGGCCCCGACCCUUUCACCUGCGCAGCAAGCGGCAACGAGGGCUCCCAACCGGCGCCCACAUCCGCACCCGCACCCACCACGACCGCAGCGCCCGCGACGCCAAGCUCUCCUUCGGCAUGCACCGCCAGCCAGUGGGCGCAGUGCGGCGGCUCCGGCUUCACGGGAUGCACGACUUGCGCGAGCGGAUUGACUUGCAAGAAACAGAACGAUUACUAUUCCCAGUGCACGUAGAUAGCUACAUUAAGGUACCUACCUAGGUAGAUAGGAAAGUUGGAAUAUUAAUACGAAGUGUCGUUAUGUACCUGUACAGACCUAGUUGCGCCUAGGCCUCCUGCGUUAUGGAUUUGUGACUGUCACUGCGAAAAGAAAAUACCUACUGCACAUGUGGCAUAAAGAAAAGCAUCGGCUUAGAUAUUAUUGGUACCCAGGUAUCUAUUUGGCUCCUUUUUUUUCCCUUUUUUUAUGUGGCCCUAAAUAUGAGGGCCAUCACCAGGCGCAUAAUAGCAAUAAGAUGGGUAGAUAGAUCAGUCCCAU